AUGGUAUUACAAAUUCCAUUGUCUUUAUCAGCAUCUGAAACAUUUCAAAGGCGUGUCUUGGGUCCAACAUUUGCGAAAAACCUUGCAAAUAGUCCAAGCUUUAAGAAUUUAACGACAUUAAAUCUCAACAGGAACCAUCAUAUUCAAUCACUAGCAACAACAGGUAUUGUGAGCCGCAAACAUUUCAUUUCAUCAGUAAAUUUACCCCGUUCCAAAAUCGGACCAAAAGGGGUUCAAUAUAUUACGACUAGUCAACACUUGAAGAAUUUAACGUUUUUAGAUUUAUCUGACAAUUGUAUUGGCACAAAAGGGGCCGAAGCUAUUGCGAAUAGUGAAACAUUUAAAAACUUAACUUGCUUAUCGUUGCUUGGCAAUGAAAUACGCACAUUCGGACUGGUAUUGAUGAUGAGGAGUGAAAAUGUUAAAAAUUUAAAGUUUUUGAAUUUGGCUUCAAAUCAAAUGACAUCCAUUGAUGCUCAAUAUGUUGCAUGUAGUGAAAAAUUGACGCAAUUAACUCAUCUCGAUUUGUCUUCAAAUGAAAUAGGCCCAAUUGGUGCUCUAGUCAUUGCCAACAGUGACAGCUUGAAAAAUUUAACCUUCUUAAACUUGUCAACAAAUCCACAACUUGGUUCAGAAGGUGCGAAAUGCAUUUCAAAUGGAAAAAAUUUGAAGAACUUGACUGUGUUGCAUGUUCAUGGAUGUGAAUUUGCAUCAGAAGGAGCAAAAUUCAUCGCCAACAGUCAAAACUUCACAAAAUUGACUUCCUUAGAUCUAUCUUCCAACAAUAUCAAGGAAGGUGGUAUUGACUCUAUUGCCAACAGCGAGUAUUUAAAGAAUUUAACGUAUUUAGAUUUGGCAUUCAACUCUAUUGGACCAGGAGGUAUGAAAUCCCUCGCCAACAGCCCAACCUUGAAGAAUUUAACCUCACUCAAUUUGUAUUUAAUUGAACCAGAAGGUGCCAACUGUCUUGCCAACAGCAAAUACUUGACCCGAUUAACUUUAUUGGAUGUGUCUCACUGUGGUAUUGGACUCAAGGGGACUGAAUACAUUGUGAACAGUCCAAAUGUACAGAAUUUGACAUCGUUGGCGAUUUCAGACUUAAUUGGACCAGAAGGAGCCAAGUGUAUUGCUAAUGGCGAAUAUUUGAAGAAAUUAACUUUACUUUCUUUAAUUCACUGUGGAUUUGGAUCAGAAGGUGCCACGGCCAUUGUUACUUGCGAAAAAUUGAAAAAUUUAACUCUAUUGGAUUUAUCUUUCAAUGACAUCGGACCAGAAAGUUUGCACUCCAUGAAUGACGAAAAUUUGAAGAAUUUAAUUUCAUUAAAUUUGGAAGGUAAUCGGCUUGGAUCAGAAGGAGCUGAAUGCAUUGUAAAUAGUUCUAAAUUGAAUAACAUGACCAAGUUAAGGAAUUUGAAUUUACGAAACAAUCAAUUUAGCUCAGAAAAUGAGAAGCUAAUCGAACAGAAAUUGACCUCGUUGAAUUUUGACAGGAGACCUCGCUUUACGUUCAUACGCUUAGAUCAAUGGUUCAGUCAGAAAAAGCUUAAAUAA